AUGGCAGAGACGACAGCGACGGGAAAGAAGAAGACAAUUGUCUUCUUCCAUCCAGAUCUUGGCAUUGGUGGUGCUGAGAGAUUGGUGGUCGAUGCCGCUGUGGGACUGCAGAACAGGGGCCACAAGGUUAUCGUCUUCACAAGCCAUUGUGAUCCUAAACACUGCUUUGACGAGGCCAGAGACGGGACCCUCGAGGUUCGCGUGCGCGGGAACACCAUCUUCCCACCCUCGAUCUUCUCCAAGCUCAGCAUCUUGUGCGCCAUCGCGCGGCAACUCCACCUCCUCGUCCAGAUCCGCCUCAACGGCGAGCUCGCCUCCCUGCGGCCGGAUGCCUUCUUCGUCGACCAGCUCAGCGCCGGGCUGCCACUCCUGCAGUUCCUGCAGCCAAAGGCGCCCAUCCUGUUCUACUGCCACUUUCCCGACCUCCACCUCGUCCAGGGGCGGGACAGAUGGCUGAAGAAGCUGUACCGCCUGCCGUUUGACACGCUAGAGAGGUGCAGCAUGGGCUUUGCGGACGCGAUCGCUGUCAAUAGCAAGUUCACAAGGGGGGUGGUCUCGCGCACUUGGCCGAGCCUGGCGAGGAGUAGGGACCUGAAGGUCGUCUACCCUUGCAUAGACAUACGACCCCCGGGCAAAGGGGGCGAGGGCAAAGAUGGAGGGCUGAUAUGGGAGCACGGCGACAUCAUCCUAAGUAUCAAUCGCUAUGAGCGAAAGAAGGACAUCGCCCUGGCUAUAAAGGCGUACGCUGGGCUGCCCAAGCACAAGAGGAAUGGCGUCAAGCUCGUUAUUGCCGGUGGAUACGACUCUCGCGUGUCCGAAAAUGUGUCCUACCAUAAGGAGCUCGUCGAGCUUGCCCAGUCCCUCAAACUUACCGAGGCGACCGUACAUUCAGCACAGACUGCCCUGGCCGUGCCGGCCGAGAUCGACGUCAUAUUCCUGCUGUCGGUCACGAACGCGCUCAAGCAGCAGCUCCUCAGGUCGGCGAGGCUGCUCGUCUACACCCCCUCGAACGAGCACUUCGGCAUCGUGCCCCUCGAGGCCAUGCUAGCCCGCGCCCCCGUGCUGGCAGCCAACACCGGCGGGCCCACGGAGACGGUCGUCGAGGGCGAGACGGGCUGGCUGAGGGACCCUGAGGACGUCGCGGCCUGGACCAAGGUGAUGGGCAAGGUCCUGGGCGAGAUGAGCCAGCAGCAGCUGGAGGAGAUGGGUCGCAAGGGCGACGAGAGGGUCCGCACCCAGUUCGCUGACACCCAAAUGGCCGAGAGACUCGACAAGAUCCUGAGGAGUAUCGAGAACCCCCAGCGUGAAGGCAGCCUGGUUGCGCUGCUGGGCUUUUUGGGCUCGGGUGCUCUUGUGUUCUUCGUUUUGGCUGCCCUGGGCGUGCUAGCAGCCAUGGCACUGACCCAAAAAUGA